CAUUGUAAAAACCCCCUUCGAUUCACAGAUUGUUCAUCACCCAAACAUUCAUUCUUCACUCAAAUAUUUUCAUUUCAUAGACAUCAGAAGCAUGAGAUCAAUGAUGAAGGCCCUUGCUUGUCUCCUGGCCCUAGCCUUAGUCAUCCGCCUUUUCCAUGCUCAGGACUCGCCACAAGACUACCUUAGCGCUCAGAAUACGGCCCGUGCUGCAGUCGGGGUGGCCCCCAUGACUUGGAACACCACCGUGGCAACCUACGCCCAAAACUAUCUCAACCAGCAUAUUGGGGACUGCAAGAUGGUGCAUUCCGGUGGACCUUACGGGGGAGAACCUGGCAUGGGCCAGUGCUGACCUUUCUGGGCAAUGCCGUUCAAAUGUGGGUGGAUGAGAAGGCAAACUACGACUACAACUCCAAUAGUUGUGCCCCCAGUGCGGUUUGUGGGCAUUACACUCAGGUGGUGUGGCGUAACUCGGUUCGUCUGGGGUGCGCUAAGGUGAGGUGCAAUAAUGGUGGAACUUUAAU